CUGGCCAAACUGGAUGAGCAGAGCCCCCCAAAGGGACACCUGGAUGUGCCUGAGGCAGCUGCCCUCUGUGAUGCCACCACUCUUACUGAACUCUGUAAUGAUGUGCCUGAGGUGGAGAUCAUCACCCUUCUUGGGGAGCAGCUGCCCCAUUACAAGCUUCGAGCUGACUCUGUCUUCGGCUAUGAACAUCAUGACUGGAUUCAGACUCCAAUGGUACCCCCUGAUGUCUCCCAACACCUGACACCCACCCAGAUCCAGGAAACCCUGCAAUAUUUCUUGCUCUGCUCCGAGAGAGUCAGCCAAGUUACCAAGACCUAUCAUGAUAUUGAUGCUGUGACCAGCCUACUGGAAGAGAAAGAACGGGACUUGGAGCUGGCAGCUCGGAUUGGCCAAUCUCUGCUGAAACAGAAUUGUUCCUUGUCUAAGCAGAAUGAGUUACUGGAAGAGCAGCUGGAGUUCGCCAGGGAGGAGAUUGCCCAGCUUCGGCAUGAAGUGGCUAUGCGUGACAAUCUCCUCCACCUCUAUACAGACACUGUUGAGGAAAGUGAGCCCUCCAGCGCUGCCCCUACUCCACUCCGCCAUUGUGAUUCCUCAGUUUCUCUUCAGCAUUGUAUCCAGUUGGACACCCUGCAACAGAAGCUGAAGGGCCUGGAGGAAGAGAACCAGCAGCUCAGGCUGGAGGCCACCAGCAUCGUCACGGAGACCUGCCAGUAUGAGGACCAGGAGCAGCAGCUGAUGUUGGAUUGUGUGGAGCAGUUCUCGGAGGUGAGCCAACAGGUAGCUAUGUUGACAGAGGAACUGGCCCGAAAAACAGAGGACCAGGCCCGUCAACAGGAGGAGAUCAGCGUGCUCCUGGCCCAGAUUGUGGGGCUCCAGCAGCGGUGCCGGGCGUAUGGGACAGAGAUGGAAGAGCUCCAGCAGCACCUGGCAUCAGCCAAAGAGGCCCAGAGGAAACUUCGGACAGAGGUGCAAGACUUGCAAGAAAAAUAUGCUGAGUGUGAUGGAUUGCUGAAUGAAGCCCAGGAAGAACUUAAAAAACUCCGUCUCCAAAGCCUGCCCACUGGCACGAUCAGCCACCAUAACAGCAUGUAUAGCCUGCCAUUGGAUUCCUUGGCUGCAGAGAUCAAAGGGACAAUGAGAAAGGGAACUGAGAGUCCUUUGUCUUCUGAUUACAGGAACCUGCGCCGGGUGUUUGACACAGUGAAGGCUGUGAACCAGGGCAGUAGGUCCCGGUCAGGCUCGCUCCAUCGCCUCCCUGGGUCUCCUCCACCCUCUGUGGCUGGCAGUCCAUCUGGCAGCCCCACUACAAACCGCCACCACUCGGAUCGCUCUCAUUUGUUGGAAGAGGCCUCUGGGGAGGAAGAAGAGAAGAAGGUGGGUUGCCCAGGCACCCCUGGGAGCCAGGACCUGGCACUGGCCCUGCAGCGGCUGGCAGCUUGGCAGGAGGCCCAGGUAGCCGAGCCAAUCCUGGGGAAGCUGGAUGGGGAUGCUGAGAGUUCCAGCGGGGUCCUGACUCCCAGUGGGAGCCUUCUGUCAUGCAGCUCAGAUGCCCGUGGGGGCUCUAUCUUCUCCAUGGGCUCCCUUGCCUACCUGCCUGACAAACUGCAGAUCGUCAAGCCGCUGGAAGGCUCGGUGACUCUGCACCACUGGCAGCAGCUGGCCCAGCCCCACCUGGCAGGGAUCCUGGAUCCUCGACCUGGUGUGCUAACCAAGGAUUUCCAUCAGCUAGAUGUGGAUGUGGAGAAGAUAUAUAGUCUUCAGGACCCUGAAGAAGAUGAGGAAGAAGAGGAGAAGGCUCCUCCGGCCCAGGAUAAGGCCCAUCCCCUAUUGUUGCACUCUGUUAACAAUCUCCCCCAGACCCCAGCCACCUACACAAUCACUACCUGCCGCCUGGUCCGCCCCUCCUCCGAUGUCACCUUCGUCACCCCCAGCCUUUGCUAUUCUGCCACCCCCUGCUGCAGUCCCGCAGAGGGCAUAAGCCCCAUCCACCCACCGCCUCCCCAGCCCCUGCUUUCUCUUCUGAAGGAACAGGGCAUCUCCGCCAUCACUGAGCCCACAUUGUUUCCAUCCCUGGUUCCUGGCUGGAGAGGCUGGCCUCUGGGAAGCUUUGGUCUAGCCAGAGAACGGCAUCAAGAUGGGUGGGGGAUAUCAAGAUGGGGUGGGAGGAGGGUUGGCCAGGAGAGAACCAACGGCUUCAGCGUCAAUUUGGUACAGAAGCUACGGCAGCUGGGACUGGACUGUGUGGUGGCCAGAGGGGCUUCAAAGGGAUGGCACGUGGGGGCUCGAGAGCCCCCUGACCCUGGCCCAGCCCCCAGACAGGGGACAGGUUGACUGGUGCUGAGAAAGUAUGCCUUGAGUGUGUUUUUGUUGGGGAGGCAGGGUGCAUCUCUUGCCUCAUCCCUUGCCAUUGCCCUCAUCCUGUUGCUGAGAGGCAGCUGAAGUUGAGUUUGGACCCCCUUCCUCCUUCCUUCCAACUACCCCAACCCCCACAUACACCCCACCCCCACAGCCCGAGUCCCACCUCAUGUCUCCACUUGCCACAUGCACUUUCGAGGACCUGGUACUUCAUUGCCCUGUACACCCUUCCUCCCUCCCCCUACCAGCUUAGUCUCAGUUGUAAAUAGAGGUUAAUAUAUUAUUGUGGUGAGGAGGUCAUUGUCCUGAGUCUUCUUACCUGUGAAUAAUGUAAGAUAGUAUGAGCCUAAGUUCCUGCCCCCUGGAUUCCCUACCCACUGCCCUGUUUUUUUUUUUAAAGCUUUCUGCUCUAAAAGCCAUCACUUUUUACAUGUGCACUGCUGGGGAGAGGUAGCCAAGACCCCUUGCAAACACCAUAUGGAUGCUCAUUAAACUCAUCUGAGUUCUGCCUCCUUGUGGAGUGUGGCUCAGGGCCAUGCAAUAAACGAUAUGAUCUUA